AUGGAUACCUCUACUGGGAGUAGUGUAAGUGUCCCUCCAAUGAAAAGGUUCCGUCGAGAUGAACUCGCCGAUCCUACCAAUCCCGAGCCAUCGCUUGUUGUUCACGUUCGAAAUUUGAAUCCAAAGGCAACGGAAGCAGAUUUAAUAGAAGCACUUGGAACGUUUGGCUUGAUCGCUUAUGUGACAGUUAUUCCAGCCCAGAAGAUGGCUUUGGUUGAAUUCGAAGAAAUUGAAGCGGCUAGAGCUUGUGUCACAUUUGCCGCCUCCAACCUCAUCUUUGUUGCUGGUGAUGCAGCUUUGUUCAACUAUUCAACUUCGCAAAAUAUACAGCGCUUGGGUUUCGAGUCUGAAAACCCUUGCAAGGUGUUGGUGAUUACAGUAUACAACGCACAAUAUCCAAUAGAUGUUCAUGUCAUACAUCAAAUAUGUGAACCGCAUGGGAAAGUCUUAAGAAUUGCGAUUGUUCGUAAGUCAAUGAUGCAAGCAUUGGUGGAGUUUGAAAGUGCAGAGAUAGCGAAGAAAGUAAAACAUGCAAUCAAUGGGGCAGAUAUCUAUUCGGGAUGUUGUACACUCAAAGUGGAAUUUGCGAAGCCGGACUAUGUGAAAGUGACACGACAAGAUAACGACCAGUACGAUUUCACGUUGACACAUGAAGGCCAUUUGGGCAUGGAACAUAAAUCCCAGCGAAAAACCCUUCUGCCUGGCGGAGGACCUCCUGGUGGACCUAAUUCUUAUCCAUCUGGAAGGAGCGAUUAUCACGGAGGCUAUGACGAUCGGAACGGUUAUGACGAUCCAUACGGUUUCAGAGGAUCAUUUAGUGGACGUGGAUAUGAUAGCUAUGGUGGACCACCUAGAGGCGCUUUUCCACCCCGUGGUCGCCGACCUCCUCCAGGGUUUCGUGGCGAUUAUGGAGAUUUCGCCGAUUUUGAUAGUUCUCAGCAUUAUCCACCAGUAGGUGGAUCGGGAUGUGUCUUAAUGGUUUACGGUAUUGAACAAGAGAAACUUAAUUGUGAAAUGUUGUUCAAUCUCUUCUGUCAAUAUGGCAAUGUUCUGAGAAUUCGAUUUAUGGCUACGAAGAAGGAUACUGCAAUGGCAGAACUUGGGACACCAAUGGCGGUAACACAUGUUCUCAAAUUCCUCCAAGGAGUUUCGUUGUUUGGACUCACUUUGCAGCUGAAACCUAGUAUUCAGACUAGUGUCAGAGACGUGCACGACCCAUUCGAUAUGCCAGAUGGAUCCCCAUCGUUCCGAGAUUACUCCAUGUCCGCACUUCAACGCUUUUCAACACCCGACGCUGCUGCGCGAAAUAGACUGAUUUAUCCUACAAAGAUACUGCACUGGUACAAUGCCCCUGUAAACAUGGACGAAGCAAAAAUUAGACAAUUGUUUACUGAGAAAAAUGCGCCAGAACCAAAGUCAGUGACGGUGUUUGCGGGACGUAGCGAGAGGUCAUCAUCGGGCACUGUUGAAAUGGAGACAAUAGAGCAAGCAAAUGAAGCGUUAGCACUCGUGAAUCACACUCCAGUAGUAAGCCCACUUGGCAAGACUCCCUACAUCGUCAAAUUGGCGUACGCAACACCUUCGCGGCGUCACGGCGACUCUGCGGAGGACGGUAAUGGUGAAGGAAGUCCAGUUUUUUCAUCGAGGGGAGGUUUCCGAGGAAGUUCCCGUGGAAGUAGACGUGGUAUCGGGAACGGUUAUCGGGGCGGGCGAGGUGGUCAUCGUGGCUCAUAUCACGAAUCUUACUAG